AUGGCCUCCACCACGGGCCACGAGCCUGAGUGGAGCGCCGUCAAGGUCCGGCAGACCUUCAUCGAGUGAGUCUCCACGGCCAUCCCUACCCCAUCGCUCAUAUCCAUCCCUCGACUAUGGAGAGAAGAGAAGCACGUGAGCCGGACUCGCAGCAACAAAUAAAUAAUUAUCCGAGAUACGCCACAGCCACACGGAGCCUUGCAGUCAGCGCACAUGCAGACACGCUAAUCCUGCCAAUAGCUACUUCCAGCAGAAUGGCCACACGUUCGUCCCGAGCAGCAGCGUUGUCCCGCUUUCGGACCCCACCCUUCUCUUCACCAAUGCUGGCAUGAACCAGUACAAGUCCAUCUUCCUGGGAACUGUAGAUCCAAACUCGGACUUCGCGAAGCUCAAGCGCGCAGCCAAUUCGCAGAAAUGCAUUCGUGCCGGUGGCAAGCACAACGACCUGGACGAUGUCGGCAAGGACUCAUAUCACCACACCUUCUUCGAGAUGCUGGGGAAUUGGUCCUUUGGCGAUUACUUCAAGAAAGAAGCCAUCACCUACUCCUGGGAACUUCUCACCAGGGUCUACGGUCUUCAGCCUGAUCGACUGUAUGUCACCUACUUCGAGGGCAAGAAGGAUGCUGGACUCGAGCCGGACCUGGAAGCCAAGGAGUUUUGGAAAGCGGUGGGCGUCCCCGAAGACCACCUCCUGACCGGCGACAUGAAAGACAACUUCUGGGAGAUGGGCGAUCAAGGCCCAUGCGGUCCCUGCUCAGAAGUCCACUACGACCGCAUCGGCGGUCGCAAUGCUUCAGAUCUCGUGAACAAGGAUGAUCCCAACGUCAUUGAGAUCUGGAACGUGGUGUUCAUCCAGUACAACAGGGAGCCGGAUAAGUCGCUCAAGUCCCUACCCGCCAAGCAUAUCGACACUGGAAUGGGUUUUGAGAGAUUAGUGUCGAUUCUGCAGAACAAGUCGUCUAAUUACGACACAGACGUCUUCACGCCUCUGUUCGAGCGCAUACAGGAAGUGACGGGCGCAAGGGAGUACCGCGGCAAGUUUGGCGACGAGGACCCGGAUGGAAUCGACACCGCAUACAGAGUUGUUGCCGACCACGUUCGACUGCUCACAUUUGCUAUCUCGGACGGCGCACCACCGGAUGCCACUGGUAGAGGAUACGUUGUCCGCCGCGUGCUCCGACGAGGCGUUCGAUAUGCCAGGAAAUACUUCAACACCGAGAUUGGCGACUUCUUCUCCAAGAUCUUGGCUACACUGGUCGACCAGAUGGGCGGCAUGUUUCCCGAGAUCAAGAAGAAGUACGCCGAGGUUAAGGAGAUUCUGGAUGAGGAGGAGGUCAGCUUUGCCAAGACAUUGGACAGAGGAGAGGCCAUGUUCGAGAAGUAUGCCCAGCAAUGCAAGGUCAACGAUUCCAAAGUCCUCGCUGGGGCCGAUGUGUGGCGACUGUACGAUACAUAUGGUUUCCCUGUGGAUCUCACCAAGCUUAUGGCAGAAGAGCGUGGACUUGACAUCAACGAAGCUGAUGUAGAAGAGGCGCGACUGAAAGCUCGGGAAGCCUCCAAGGGCGAGAAGAAGGCUGGUGCUGAUAUUGUCAAGCUCACUGUGCACGACAUCAACGCUCUCGAGAAGAUGCCUGGUGUGCCGAAGACGGAUGACUCUUCCAAAUUCGAGAAGGGCAACAUUCACGCCAAGAUUAAGGCAAUCUACCACGGCGGCAAUUUCCUCCAAUCAACGAAGGAAGUACCUGAGGGCGAGCAAUUCGGAGUCGUCCUGGACCGCACCAACUUCUACGCUGAGCAGGGUGGACAAGAAGCCGACACGGGUCGCAUCCUCAUCGACGGCGAGGCCGAAAUCGAUGUGCAGAAUGUCAUGAGCUAUGCUGGCUACGUCAUGCACACUGGAUACAUGAAUUACGGUAGCCUUGACUUGGAGACCGAAGUACUCUGCCAAUACAGCGAGGAGCGGAGACAGCCGAUCCGCAACAACCACACUGGAACGCACAUUCUCAACUUUGCGCUGAGAGAAGUGCUGGGUGAGGAUGUCAACCAGAAGGGCUCGCUGGUCGCAGAAGAGAAGUUGCGCUUUGACUUCAGCCAUAAGGCGGGUUGCUCUGACAAGGAGCUGGUCGAGAUCGAAGACAAGAGCACGAGCUACAUCCGGCAGAACAGUGAUGUCUUCUCGAAGGAAGUGCCCCUGGCUACGGCAAGGCAGAUCGAAGGCGUGCGCGCUGUCUUUGGCGAGACAUACCCCGACCCUGUCCGCGUCGUCUCUAUUGGCGUACCGGUCGAGGACCUGCUGGAAGAUGUCAAGCGGAAAGACUGGCGAGACGUCUCGAUCGAAUUCUGCGGCGGAACACACGUCAAGAACACGACCGAGAUCAAAGAACUCGUCAUCCUGGAAGAGAGCGGCAUCGCAAAGGGCAUCCGUCGCAUUGUCGCCGUGACAGGAAACGCCGCGCACGAAGUGCAAAUCGAAGGCAAGAACUGGGAAGAGCGCGUCAAACACCUCGAGGGCAUGACAUACACUGCCGAAAGAGAAGCGCGAACCAAGGAAUGCCAGCACGAACUCGGCAAGGCGGAAAUCAGCUCCAUCGUCAAGAGCAAGCUUCGGGACCGCGUCGCCAAGGUUGUCAAGGAGAACCUAGACCACCAGAAGCGAGCGCAGAAAGAGGAGAACACACGCGUGCUGAAUGCCAUCCACGAGCAUUUCGAGAAGCAUCAGGAAACCAAGACGCUUGUUCUCAGCGUUCCGGUCUCCGCCGGUUCCAAGGCCGUCCAGGAGGCCAUCAAGACCGUGUCUUCCAAGCAGAAGGACAAGACGGUCUACCUCCUGGGCAAGUCCGACGAGGGCAAGGUUUUGCACGGAUGCCACGUCUCCGCGGAGGCGCAGGGCAAGGGCGCCGAUGCCGCCGCGUGGUCGAACGAGGUCGCCGGCGUUGUCGGGGGCAAGGCGGGGGGUAAGGGCGCUACGAGUCUCGGACAGGGCACGCAUGUGGACAAGGUGGACGAGGCCGUGGAGGCUGCGAGGAAGUAUCUGCAAGGGUUGAGUCUGUAG